CCCCUCUCAGGCCGCGGAGGGGAGCAUUCACACCCCGCUGUCUGCGUUUAGCGGACGGGGCUCUCGGUGAACCGGAGGGAGAUGGUCGGCACCCCGUGCGCCCGGCGGCUGGCGCGCCGCUCCCGCUCCGCGCUGCUGCUGGCCGCCGCGGCGCUGCUGCUCAUCCAGACCCUGGUGGUGUGGAACUUCAGCAGCCUGGACUCCGCCGGCGGGGACGCGGGCGCCAGAAGCCGGGGAAAGCGGGACGAGCGGAGCGGGGGGCUCAACAAAGCCGCCACGGAGCGCCGGUGGAGGGGGCCGGAGCGGAGGGACGAGCCGCCGCGGGAAGCCGCCGCGCUGCACGGGAAGGCGGCCGCUCGACUCAAACUGCAGCCGGAUGUCCACCGUCCCCACCGUCUCCGUCCCGACAGCAACAACAACGAGAACUCGGUUCCCAAAGACUUUGACAACAUCGACAGCAACAGCAACCUGGGAGCGCGGUCGCAGCGUCAGCGUCUCGCUGCCGCAAACAGCAAACGAAAGCUGGAAAAGAACCAAGGCAUGCUGGGAAAUGAAGUCAUAAAGCAUGCUCCGGUCCUUUCCAAAGCUCCCAACCAGACCCACAUCCUGACCAUCCCGGCACCGGCUCAGGGCUCCAAUCAGGACGCCCCCUUCUUCCAGACGAAGCGGCCCGGGUCGCCCCCGCUGCCGCCGGGUCCGGAGCCCAACAGGGAGCGGCCGCAGUGCGAGGUCAGCGGGAAGGAGGCCAUUUCCGCUCUGUCCAGAGCCAAGAGCCGCGAGUGCCGGCAGCGCAUCGUCGAGGUUUACUGCAAGCACAAGGAGCGGGCGCUGAUACCGGAGAAAAUCCCGCGCUACUGUCCGAUCCAAGGUAAGGCUAACGUAAACGUUCAGUGGGACGACGGCGCCGCCACCUCGCCGCCGGUCCGCAUCGCCUUCGUCCUGGUCGUCCACGGCCGCGCCGCGCGACAGUUCCAGCGACUCUUCAAGGCCGUUUACCACACAGCGCACUUCUACUACAUCCAUGUGGACCAGAGGUCCGAUUACCUCCACCAAGAGGUUCUGUCUCUGGCGGGCCGGUUCCCCAACGUCAGAGUGACUCCCUGGAGGAUGGCGACCAUUUGGGGCGGAGCCAGCCUCCUGACCAUGUACCUGCGCAGCAUGGACGACCUCCUCAAAAUGGCCGACUGGUCCUGGGACUUCUUCAUCAACCUGAGCGCCGCCGACUACCCCAUCAGGACCAACGACCAGCUGGUGGCGUUUCUCUCCAAACACCGCAACAUGAACUUCAUCAAGUCUCACGGCAGAGACAACGCUCGUUUCAUCCGUAAACAGGGCCUGGACCGGGUUUUCUACGAGUGCGACACCCACAUGUGGCGCCUGGGCGACCGUAAGAUCCCGGAGGGCGUGUCGGUGGACGGAGGCUCUGAUUGGUUCCUGCUCAGCCGGCCGUUUGUGGAUUAUGUGGUGAACUCGCAGGACGAUCUGGUCAGGAAUAUGAAGCGGUUCUACGGCUUCACGCUGCUGCCGGCCGAGUCGUUUUUCCACACCGUCCUGGAGAACAGCGUCCACUGUGAGACGAUGGUGGACAACAACCUGAGGCUCACCAACUGGAACCGCAAACUGGGAUGCAAGUGCCAGUACAAGCACAUAGUGGACUGGUGCGGCUGCUCCCCGAACGACUUCAAGCCCUCAGACCUGCCGCGCCUGCAGCAGGCCUCCAGGCCCACGUUCUUCGCCCGGAAGUUCGAGGCCAGCGUCAGCCAGGAGAUCAUCAGCCAGCUGGACGCCUUCCUGUUCGGCGCGUAUCCGUCCGGGACGCCGGGCCUGCAGGCCUACUGGGAGAACGUCUUCCACCAGCAGACGGACGGCGUCUCCGGCCUGUCCGACGCCGCGCUCAGCCACCACCACGCCUUCGCCCGCAUGGGCCUGGCGCGUGCCGCCGGGUCGCUGCAGGGACACCCCGCCGAUCACAGCUGCAGGUACACCGCCAUGAGCCACCCGACGUCGGUGCACGUCUACUUCCUGUCGGACCAGUUCCAGGGCUACCUGGUGCGCCACGCGGCCACAAACCGAGCCUCCACCCAGAUGGAGACGCUGGAGACCUGGGUGGCUCCCAGGGACCGCUUCACCCUGGCCGGCCAGCCCCACAGCAGCAACCGGCUGCAGCACAUCCAGGUCGGGUCAGACUGGGACCCGAAGGAGCGGCUCUUCAGGAACUGGGGCGGCCUGCUGGGGCCCGAAGACGAGCCGGUGGCGGUUCAGCGCUGGAGCCGCAGCCAGAGCAACCUGACCGCCACCGUGGUCUGGAUCGACCCCACCAACGUCAUCGCCGCCACCUACGACAUCCUGGUGGACGCGUCGGCCGAGGUGACCCACUACCGGCCGCCGCUGACGGCGCCGCUGCGGCCCGGCGUCUGGACGCUCAGAGUGCUUCACCACUGGAACCUGCUGGGCCAGACCAGCUUCAUCGUCGCUCCGCUCGAGUUCCACCGGCGGCAGCCCAUCCAGAAAGAGGACACGCUGCGGCUCCACGCCGGCCCGCCCAGGAACUCCUACAUGGAGCAGAGUUUCCACGGCCUGAACCCGGUGCUGCAGCUGCCGGUGAGCCUCCGCGCCGUGGAGGAGGCCGAGGCCAACUCCGGCCUGACGGGGGCGCCGCUGCGCCGCUGGCUGGACGGGCUCCUGGAGGGCCACUGGGCCGCCGCGGACGUCUGCUCGCUGGGCCCCAGCGCCUGCCCCGUCAUGCAGCGCUGCGCCCGGACCAGGUGGAGCUCCGCCAGCCCGGACCCCAAAUCCGAACUGAGCGCGCCCAGAGCGGACGGACGGAUCAGGUAGCAGCAGGACGGACGGAGGAAACAUUUAUUUAUUUGAAGGUGGCAGGAACAGAGGAGGACCUGAACCCGGUCUGAUCCCAGUUCGG